AUGCCCCCCAACCCCCGUUCUGGAGCUUCCACUAACGACCACGCGCACCAUGAUCGGGACACCGUGAUAACGGAUGAAGCCCUUGAUCAUCAGAGUGCCGUGGGAAUUCAUAAAGGAGCUAGGGAGAAAUCCCAGCUUCGCCAAGGUCCCGAGGCAGAGGAGAAACCUCCGUCGCUUCGCGAGGGCCUUGAUGAACAAAGCCGGACUAAGUCCGCCGAGAUUGGGGAGAAAUCUUCAUCUCGUCAGGGUUAUCAGAGGUUAAUGUCCUCCAGAGUUAAGGAGAAAUCUUCGCUCUGUCCAAGCCCUAAAACCACCGCAGCUGGGGGUAAAACUCGGCGCGGCAAGAAAGAUAAGAGGGCGAACGUGCCAUCUAACCAGCGCAGUAUCCUCAGUUACAUGAGGCCUGCUGAAGAAGCCGGUGAAACAUCCGAGCCUCUACAAACCGGUUGUAUUACAGCCGGAAAACGCCCUGCUCCGACUGAAGCUGUAGCUGAAAAUGCCAGCGAUUCGAAGAGGGCUAAACUAAUCAAGCAAGAGCCAGUCGUGUCUGUGAAGACCGAGGAAGAGCUUGAAGAUAUCCUCGACGACAUCAAAGAAGAACAAGAAGAAGUCCCCUUCAACCCGGAGGACUACGCCGAUGCUAUCCUCAUUGAGGACGAUGAGUAUCCCGAUGAAUUGAAGCAUGAGGAUGCUGCCGGGUACGAUGUCGAAGAGGAUAGCCUGCCAGAACAUGUUUAUCAGGAGGCGGGCUAUCUUGAAGAAGAGGGAUUUAUCUCGGACGAGGAUCGGUAUCGGCUUGCCGGUAUCGCGGACGAAGAUCAUGAGGCUCUCCGAGAGAGCUUCGACAAAAGCAUGCACAGGGUUAUCAGGUACCUGUUUAACUAUGCUAAAUACACACCUUUCAAAGAGCUUAAAGGUGGCAAAUCCUGGAUCGCACCGGCCAUGUACCAGUGGCUGCAGAGAGCAGACUCUGAGGUUGUAUAUCGCCUAUAUCAGGCGAUCAUCCCUGAGUCUACCCGCACCAUCCUGGGCCACGAUAAACUGAUCGGCAAGCACAUCCUUGCUCUUCCGAAGGUGAGCCCCUCGCGUAGGGACAGGGGUGUGUAUCUGGAUCUUGUCACUAGUCCCGGCGAAGACGGAGGACUCUAUACCGGGUCAACUAAAAUUUCUUUCGUCGUGCGGAUUCCGGCGCAUCAACGUGCGAUCCAAGGAGGUGAGUCUGGUGCACACUAUACAUACAUCCGAGAGAAGGCAGACAGAAAGCCCCAUUUUCGCGUGGUUGCUGUUUUCCCUCGACGUGUGCCAGAGCUUGGGAUCGAAAGUGCAGAUAGUGUGUGGCUAAUCCGCUUUCUCGAGACGGUUAUCAUGAUCGUGCUCGAUACGUUCACACCAGGUUCCCGACCCAUUUUCUCAGUACCCCAAGACCGACUCGACCACAUGAGGUCCGAAUGUGGUCUCAGAGAUACGGGCUUUCAGCCCCUGAACCGUGCUUUGCCGACAAAGCAGCCGAUUGACUCGGUUCGUUCCAAAGCACAACGCAAAUGUCCCACCUGCGGUGAUGACAAGCCCUCUAAUUGGUGUUUAGAUUAUAACCCUUCGACAUGGGUAGCCAUCUACCUUUGCAGCGCGUGUUUUCAAUGGAAGAGAACACACGGCACUGACAGGCCUGCCUCCCUUUAUAACAGGCUACCUCAACCGACAUCUGGGCCAUGCAGCAACCCAAACUGUGGUGCUACAGAAACCACACGUAAAUGGUACCGCGAUCCUAAUGACAAGGAUCGCGUUCUAUGUGAUGCUUGUCACACAUACCAGACCCUCAAUUCUGGCAAAAUUGCCCUAAAGCUGGCCCAGGCAUCAUAUGGCUUCGAGCACAUGAUCAACCCGGAUUACUGUACAGGUGCCAAGUCUGUUACAACAGGUAUGAAAGGAGCUUACCAAAAACCCAAGAUCAUUCUCGACAAUGCGUCAGUUGUGGUGAAUCAGAUCCUAAAGACUGGCACGGAAUAUCGUCAAUGUGUGGAUCCUGCCAUCAUAAUGAUCAACAAUGUCGUCAAGAACGGGAGCGUUCAAAUUGCUGGAACUGCCUCGAGCUAUGGAAGAAGGAAAAGAAAUUCAAGCGCUGGUCUUAUUCCCUUCGCGAGUGGCUAUGCCAUAAGUGUCAUUUAGGCCUGCAAACGGGAUACCUUCGCAUGGCCGCCCACCACCUCGAAAACCUCGAUAUCAGAUGUGAGUUGUGCCGUACUAAGUACGCCAAGGCUUGGUAUCCAGGAUGCAAAUCGACAAACUUGCUCGUGUGCCGACGCUGUGGAGAUAGGAACGGCAGAGGUCGAACCGAUUUUGGCGAUCGUUCCGAAAGCGAACGCGGC